AUGGAGAUGACGGAGCGCAAAAAGGCGGUCCAAGCAAAUAUUAAAGGCAGCUCAUCGGAUGCCAGCAGUGAGGAAGUUAGCAAUACCAAAAAGAAGCCACUAAGGCAGACGCUCAGAGAGUUUCGAUGCAGCGCGAGAGACUUGAAAGCCUGGGAACAUGAAGGUAAUGUGAAGAAGAGUGUGGCAGAGGAGGAAUUGCAACAUGAAAAUCAGUGUUUAUCAACAAUAAAGAAAAUCGAGACAAGAGAGAAUAAAACAAUACUGGAAACGAUUGCUCAUGCAAAACUGAAACAGAGUGGGCUCAAAAGCCGCAAUUAUUUGAAGCAAAUGAGUUCGCCGCGGAGUGAUAUUAGCGAAGUCAUCAAAUUUAAUGACAUCCAAACGGUACUAGAGACGAAUGAAAUGGUGCAGGAUCCAGAUGAAGUGAAAUUGAUAGCAGGUGAAAGCUUCAGAGAAAACAUUCGUAGAUUAAACACAGACAAGAAGGGAUGGUUGCAAGAUCAGAAAAAAAAGAGAACUCCCAAGACGCGGAGAAGAGAUGGAACUGUUGAGAACAGGGAUGACGAGUGGCAUGAAAAUGAUUGGGAAACAGCGAGUUUGUUAACUGAGGUUGAAAACGACGAAGAAGUUGGAACUGCAGAUGUUACGCAAGCAAAGUAUGUGCUGCGAAACAUCACUUCGCGCGUCUCCCUCAUUGAAGAAACAGCAAUUCGUCGAGGAAUUAAGCUUUCUGGACCUCCCCUCGAAUAUGCUACGACACACCUGGAUGAGUAUGCCCGGAAAUUCCGAUGGCCCCAACAUGUGAGAAAUUUGCGCAAUUCUGAUUGUUUGCAGGACGUAUCUCAAAUUCUGGAGGAUCAUGAAGUCCUGACAGAAAUUUUGCAGCCAAGGCCAGACCAUAGGGAGCAUGGAAUGCUUAAAGAAUGUCCGUUGGCUCAAGUUCCAUGUCCUUUGGUAGCCCUUUCUGCCAAAGCUCUACAACGCGUAUCAUGUAAGCGAAAACGAGCUAAGAAUAGUGAGAGUAAAACAGAGUGCACGAUCUCCGCAGCUACGCUAUUGAAUGCAACCCGAGUUGGAUGCAAAUUUGGUGACCACUUUAUCGAAUCCUUGCUCACUGCAAAUGGGAAAGCGCUGCAAGGAUCAGAGGACUAUGACUUGUCAUACGACAAUCGUUGUUGGUCUUCUCUACCGACAAAAAAAAAGCCCAUUGCGAAUUGGAGAUUUGUUCUUGAGCAUUGGAGAAAAACCAUGGGUAGAUCGAGUGGUGACAUUGCUCAAUGCCCACUUAUGCAACAAGCAACUUUCAAGCGAAUAACGAAGCGUCUUAAAAAGUUGUAUGGAUUUACUACGCAGCAUGAAGAACACAACGUGUUUGCGGACUACACGCAAAGUGGCUGA